AUGCCUUUUGCACCAUCAAUGAUGCCUCAAAUGCCAAACGCUUCACCACUAAUGCUGCCACAGAUGCCAAUUGCUCCACCACCGAUGAUGUCUCAAAUGCCUUUUGCAUCAUCAAUGAUGCCUCAAAUGCCACUUGUUCCACCACCGAUGAUGCCACAAAUGCAAAUCGCUGCACCAUCAAUGAUGCCACAAAUGUCAAUCGCUGCACCAUCAAUGAUGCCACAAAUGCCUUUUGCACCAUCAGUGAUGCCACAAAUGUCAAUCGCUGCACCAUCAAUGAUGCCACAGAUGCCAAUUGCUCCGCCACCAAUGAUGCCACAAAUGCCAAUUGCUCCACCACCAAUGAUGCCACCAAUGCUGCCACAGAUGCCCUAUGCACCAUCAUCAAUGAUGUCUCAAAUGUCAAUCGCUCCGCCAUCAAUGAUGCCACAAAUGCCAAUCGCUCCACCACUAUCAAUGCCACAAAUGUCAUUACCUCAAAUGGGUUCAAACUGUUGUUCAAUGUCAAUGCAGUUACCAUCGAUAGCUUCUCAAAUACAGCCCCCUAUGCACGGUCCUGCCGCAAUGGUCCAACCGAUGAUGCCUCACAUACCAAUCGCUUCACCACCAUCAAUGCCACAAAUGUCAUUACCUCAAAUGGGUUCGAACUGUUGUUCAAUGUCAAUGCAAUUACCAUCGAUAGCUCCACAAAUGCAUUCUUCCAUGCCCGGUCCUCCCCCAAUGAUCCAAUCAAUGAUGCCUCAAAUGCCAAUUGGUUUACCAUCAAUGCCAUUUCCUCCACAAAUGCCUCAAAUAAUUCCUCAACAAAUGCCUCAAAUAGUUCCUCAACAACUACCAGGUCCACCUCAAAUGCCCAUGAUGCCACAACAAUCAAUUUGUCCACCAUCUAUGAUGGGUGCUUUUGGAGGAUUGCAAUCAUAUGGAGGAGGUUUCGGUCAAUCAUCGCCACAAUUAACAGGACUAAGUGGAUAUGGUGGAUUAUCAAGUAUUAGUAAUAAUCCGUUCGGAGGUUUUAGUGGGUUUGGUCAAUCCGGACUUGCAAGUUACGGUCAACAAGGUUUUGGAGGAUUCGGUGGCUAUCCUCAACUUCAACCACAACUCGGUAGUAUUUAUUCACAACAACCAUUUGGAACUUUUCCUCCAUCCCAAUCUUUUGGUGCCUUUCCGCAAUACAGUGGUUUUCCUCAAGCAGGUAGCUUUCCUCAAAUGGGCAUUUCACAACACGGACCACUGCCAGGUAGCACUGGACGAAUAAGAAUUGUAUGUUGUGUUGUUCCUGAAUAA